UAAUUCUUAUGAUGGAAUUAUUAGAGAAGACCCAAGAAUAGAUAAAAGUAAAGGAUUUUGGUAUAAAAAAUUAGACAACUUAAAAGAUUCUGUGAAAAAACUAAUUGGGAAAGAUGACUACUUGACUUUACUGAAGGAAGAUGCACAGCAAGCAGUGUUGGCAUUUCUGCCAAAGUGGCAACUGAUAUCAAUGUCAUCAGAUGGAGUGAAUGGAAAAGAAAUGAUAUCUUUGAUUGUGAAUAUCAAUGAAGGGCUAAGGAGUGUGUAUGUCAAGCAGAUGGACAUGUUACAGGGAAAUAUGUUUGAAAGGGUGUUUGCAAAAGGCCUCAUGUCUCCCAUAAAAGAGAUCAUUCAUAAAUUGGAAAGAAGGAAGACAGAAAAACUUGAUUUGGAGGCAAAGACACUUUGCUUAGUAACAGCUGUCACAGUGACACAUAUAGCUGUUGAGUUUGAGGUUCAUUUGGCUAGGGAUGAAAGAAGAAUGUUGUGUGAGGCUUUACUGCCUAGUCCUGAUUUUGACAGUAAAACGUCACCUGAUGUUGAGGAAGCAGUGAAAUUUCUUCCUAAAGAUAUUAAAAACGUUUCACUAUCAGUUUUGAAGUUUUCAAGAAACAUAGCUGAAAACACAUCUGACCCCAGCUGGAUGUUUUGUGUUCCCAUGAUUCAUUUUCUAUUGAAAAAAUGUAAACCUUUUGAAGAAGCACCAGCUGAAGUUGACCAUGAUGAGACUAAGCCAGAAUGGUGGGGAAUAGUGGAAUACAGAAGGGACAUUGACAUUUUUAAACGCAAGGUUAAAUGGGAGAGAUCCCAUGAAGAAAUAGUGGCAAAGCUGACACCUUACUUUGAAGUGGAUUAUCUUUUACCAAGGACUUUGAUAGGAUCACUCAAUCUUGACAUGCUCUUCUCUGUUGUUGAAGCUUCUAAUAAUAUCUCUCCUGAUAUAAUCCUAGCAUCAAUGUAUUAUUAUUUGAAAUAUGAUAGUAACUAUGAACUGAUUAAGAAAAUUAUUCACCAUGUGUCUGAGAAAACUUUGAAUAUGGAGCUUGAUCUAACUGUCCAUGGAUUUGUUAGUGCAUACAGAACAUACAGAAUUGCAGCUGACCUGCUUGCAGAAAGUUUAAAACGUCGUUAUACUAGGAAAGAUAUUCAUAUGCCUGCUUUAGAAGUGUUCCUUAUAAGCUUGGAUGCAUAUGAUAAAAUACAGAGCAAUCUAGACCCCAACAAAAAAGUCUAUUCACAGUUUAAUAUUACAAAAGAUGGCCAUUUGAAAAAGUUUGAGGACUUUAAAGGAACAAUAAUUGAUUGGCUAGAAAAAGAAGACUUCCGUUACAAAGAAUUAGAAUUCUUGCAGCGUUGGAAUUCAGCAUUUAAAUUGAAAGUUCCAAAUGGCAAAAUUAAAAGUUCUUACACAACAGCCAUGGAGAAUUCAUUACUAGAGAUACUUCAAAUCAAGGGUUCAUUUGAGAAGUUGAUUGAGAUUUACUGUGAACACACUGAGUCAUUUGAUGGAAUAGUGCAAGAGAUACUUACCAAAGUUGCUUUAAAAACAGUGAACGAAUGUGACAAAUUUGAAUGGAGAACUGAUAAAGAUGAACGCUGUAUCAUUCGUCUACGAGCACUUUUAUCCAAUGUUUUUGAAAGGAGUUGGGAUGUAAGAAAGCUGGAUGACCCUCAUGCAGUUUUUGAACACGCUCUCUCAUGGAUGCCAUUUCCUACUUAUAUGGAGAUGUACCGUAAUAAACCCAAGGCAUUAGGUGAAGAAUGUCAGAAGAUAUUGAAGAAGUUUGUAGCAAUCAUAAAAGAUUUUGUUCAGAGAUUAUUAGAGGGGACUGUUUUAGUCAAAACAUUGAGAAAACUAAAAGAAAAGCAUGAAAACUUUCAAAAACUGAUAAUGGCAAUGAAAUUCAGCAAUGUUGAAGUCAUCAUGAAUACACUAACCAUCAGAUCCAAAGAAUUACAGGCUUUUGAUCAAACUUACCAAGUUGUAAAAGAAUUUACUCAUGUCAGUAUUCACUGCAAAGCUGAUACUGCCAGUCUACUAACCAAGUUGCAAGUUUUUCAGGAACCAGAUAUGAUUUCACUGAACAAACUUGUAACAACAAGACUACUAGAAAAUUUAAAAGAUCCAGAAAAUUACGAACCGAUGGUGACUGUGUUUGGUCUGCGUCAAGAUGAAUUGGAUAUCCUACCAAAGAUAAUUGAACAUUGUAAAGGUCUACUUUUUAUAAAGAUUUGGGAAAAAAAAGGAACUGAAUUACAAAAAAAACUGGAAAGAGAUGUGAAGAUAAAUGAAGUAUUUGACAAAGUUUGGCAACCAGCUUUAGAACAAUGGAGGACUUUAAGUAAAAAGUUAAGAUCAGGAGACAUGCAUUUCUCUGAAUUUGAUAAAUGGUUCGAAACAAAAGACAGAAGUACUCUGAAGAAAGAGUUCUUGUUAUUUGGUAAUGAUAGGGAUAAUAGUUGGAUAGACGAAAGAUUAGACCAGAUAGAACGGCAUGGAAAUAUCAGGAAUUAUUUGUAUGGUGCAAGAGCUAUAAUGGAAGUCGUCAAUGCUUUUGAUUUGAAGGGGGAUUUCAAUCAAAUUAAAGACAUAAUCAAAUUGACUAGAGGUCAGGACACAGUGAUGAAAAAAUUGGACCAAAAUCUGCUGAAUACUUGCUCUAUACUUGGAGAAGUAACUCCAGAAAGAUCUAAAUGUUUGAAAGAUUUCAUAAAAUGUAAACCACUUGUUGAUUGGUUAAAAGAAUCAAUGCCAGGUGGAUUAAAGGAGUUAAAAGUAUUUGUAGACUUGGCCAGUAUAUCAGCCGGUGAAGGUGACAUGGAGAUUGCCAAGGUCAACUGUUUACAUUCUGCUACCACUGGAUACGCUCCACUCAUCUUUAAUUUAGAAAAACACUGUAAUACAAAGAUUUUCCUUGAAAGAUGCCAGGAAGUUUGGAAAGAACUAGAUUCAAAUAAUCAACUGCCACAGAAGUUGCUUGAUACAACUAGACAGCUUGAUUGGCUGCAAUCAGUGAAGAAAUCUCAUGGUUCUGUAGAAGUUACCUCCCUUGCCCAAGCUGAAGCUAUCAACGGAAAAGGCAUAUAUCAAGUUGGAAACAUACAGAAGAAAACAUUUCUGAAGAUUCCAGAGUUAACAGAUGUGUUAGAGUUACGUGUACCUGAAGAGGAGGGGAAUAUGGCUCAGAGAAACCAUUACAGAUAUGAUCAACUUCAUGACCUCCAGUCACGUCUGAUGUUAGUGGCAGGGAAAGCUGAGAAAGGCAAAGAUGAUGUCGAUAGGUUUAUGUUGAUCUUAGAUUCAGUUGUUAGACUUGGAAAUAUUUACAAAAAGUUGGUUACUGAGGGAUGUGUGUUAUUUUCACAUUGGCAUGUGAAAUUUCUGUGUGACAAAAAGACAAAGGCAUGUGCUUUUAUAAACUUUGGAUUUGGAGAGGACAGGCAUACGUUAAAAGGUAGAAUUGACGAGGAAAACCAUGAUGUCAGUUUCAUCAUUCCAAAACUAGCCAGAUUCCUGGAGCAAUGCCAUGAGAAAUGGCUGGACUAUAUUGACCAAAAACGGGAAAAGUAUUACUGUCUGAAUUUCUUCACAAUAGAUCAGAUGGUGAUUUUGCAACAGGAACUUGUCAAGUUAGGGUCUGCCCAAGAACCAGCUGCUUUGAUUUAUCCAUUGCUGUCUGCAGUAAAACAUGGAUGUACAAAGGACGAUCUUGUUAAAGCUAUGUCUGCUGCCAAACUUGAUGUUGAUAGAGCUGACACUGAGAGGGAAACAGAGAAAGAAAUGGAGGAGAAAGAUAGCAAAGAAGAGAAAGUAGAAAUAUCAGAUGAUUUGAAAACACAGACUUUUUUCAAUGAAAUGACAAAAUCUGGAUAUCCCUUAGGGUUAGCAAGGGAAGCAUUGAAACAUGUAGAGGCUGAUGAUAUAGAUGGAGGGAUUGUUUGGUGUAUGGAUAAUGAAGAUGAAUAUGGAACAGAAGAACAGAGCAUGAGUGAGAUGGCACCUGACGAGAUUCCAGAUUUCCAUGGAUGGACACAAACAGACCAGUCUCUAGCCUCUAUUACUGAGGGCCUUGUUAAUCAACUACAUUUUUGUAGAGAGAAUUCUGUUGACAAAUUGAUAAAGACCUUAGAAGAUUUGUGGAAGACAUUCCUAGUGUCCAUUUCAUCCAGUGUGUCUGAUUACCUUAGUGUAGAACAUCUAGGCAUCAUUCUUAAAAGGCUUAAUGAGCAAGAUGACUUUAUCAUUAACAGGACAUUGCUACCAUGCUUUACUGCAGGAGAACCAAACUUGUUAAUUUGUCCUCAAAGUGAUAUCUACAACACAGUAUUAUCAGUAUACAGUCAUGAAGUGGACAGACCUUUACCACAGUCUGAUGAAGUUUUACUUUGUACACCUACUACAACUCUGGAUAUGAUUGAAAUUUUCUGGAGACGAGCCUUGUUUGCCAACAAUGACAGAGUGUAUUGUCUUGUGAAUGCUGAUCUGUUGAAUUACGAUGUGAGUGACAAGGGAGAGAACUCACUAGAGAGACAUCUCAGGAAAGCUGACAGUAAAGGUCUAAAGUAUAGAUUGGUAGUAAUAUGUAGUAGUGAGAAUGAGUACAGAUCCAGAAUAGUAGCUGCUCUAGACAAAUACCACAAACCUCCCUUACAUACAGAUGUCAACAUGGUCAGGAAAUAUCUAUUGACAAAGUUUAAAGUGGACAAAUCAGACAAAGAAUUGAUACCUGCAUCAACUGUAGAUUAUGAAAGAUGCAGUGUUCGUGUUGUAAAGUCAUGGAGAGCUGGCGUGGGGAAGUCCCUUUACAAGAAAAGAAUGGUAGAGAGUUUAGUGAAACAAGUCUCCUCUACACAGAACAGUAUUACUAUUCCACUUCAUGAGAAGACAUUAAACAAUGAUGAAAUAAUGGAUGUUUUCAAGGAAGAAAUUUUAUCUCCACAAAAAUACAGACCAAGAAUAUUCCACAUUGACAUAUCUCAUGAGGUCCAAGAAGGAGUAGAUGUGUUCCUUUUCCAGUUGUUGAUACUAGGAUGUAUAGACCAUAGUUCUGGAUAUGUAUGGAGGAGAUCUGAGUUGGACUACUACAUUAUCGAGUCCAUGCCUCUACUAGCCAGAGAUACUGAUAUACAUGUUAAAGAGGGAAGGAAGCUGAAAUGUUUACACCACUGCCUAGACAUUUUACCCCACAUAAUCUGCAGAUCUCCCCAAGAAAGUCUAGACAUCCUAAGACAGCCUGAUGAUAAUACAAUUCAUGAUAGGUUGUUUGAUAAUACAGAGUUCAGGAGUAAAACAUUCCAGAGACCAUACCAAUACCUUAAGAGGCUUGACACUAACAGUAAACUUGACAGUGUUAAUCCUAGCCAGGCAGAAGGAGAUAAAAAGGAUUGUUUAGUUGUCUUACUCAGACACUGCGGUAUUAGAGAUCCAUCUUGGUCAGAGUUGUAUCAUUUUGUUAGUUUCUUGAACAAACAGUUACGAGAGUUUGAGGUGUCAUCUUUUGUUGGUUUAGCUGCCUCUGAGGAUUUACCAGGAUUCUCUAAGUUUGUACUGAGAUUUCUUAUACAGAUGUCCAGAGAUUUUUCUACGAGGUCUUUGGAAGUGAGUGAAGAAUCUCCAAUACAGCUGUUAACAAGACAGAUAAGUCAGGGGGAGGAAGAGGAGGAGGAUGAUGUGGUACAACAGUACAAAAUGAGGAGAACCUGGGAAACUAGCCCUCAUCCUUAUUUAUUCUUCAACCCAGACCAACACAGCAUGACAUUCCUUGGGUUCAACAUUGAAAGAGGAAGUGGUAACUUAGUAGAUUUGCAAACCGGGAAAGUCCUAGAGACGGCUAUCAUUCAACCAAACUUGUUCGAUGCUUUAGUUAGAAAUGGGGUCAAUCUGUCAGAAAACUUUGAUGCUUUGCCUAGACAUGAGAAAAUAAAUAAACUGUGUAACGUGAUGGGACUAGAGUAUACGCAUGACCCUGACGAGUCAUAUGAAUUGACAACAGACAAUGUGAAGAAAAUUCUGGCUAUAUAUAUGAGAUUCAGAUGUGACAUACCAGUUAUCAUUAUGGGAGAGACUGGAUGUGGUAAAACUCGCCUUAUCAAAUUUAUGUGUGCGCUUCAGCAACCUCCAGGGGUUAAAGUAGAAAAUAUGAUUCUUUUGAAGGUUCAUGGCGGAACAAAGCCGUCUGAUAUAAUAAGAAAAGUGAAAAAAGCAGAAGAAAUUGCCAGUAUAAAUUCUGCCAAUUAUAAAAAUAUGGACACUGUAUUAUUCUUUGAUGAAGCGAAUACAACCGAAGCCAUUGGUGUUAUCAAGGAAAUCAUGUGUGACAAAUCUCUUGGAGGGAAACAAAUUAAUCUUCAUGAGAGGCUGAAAAUAGUGGCAGCUUGUAAUCCAUACAGAAAACAUUCUGAGAAGUUGAUAAAGAGAUUGGAACAGGCCGGACUUGGAUAUUAUGUUAGUUCUGACAAAACUACAGACAAACUUGGGAGAAUUCCAAUGAGACACUUAGUAUACCGUGUCCAACCACUCCCUCAAAGUAUGCUGCCCCUAGUCUGGGACUUUGGACAAUUAAACACAGAUGUAGAGGAAAUGUAUAUCAAACAGAUGGUUCUCAGAUAUAUAAAAAAUGGAGAACUACCUUCUGGAAUAGAGACAACUUUGAGCAAGAUACUCACUGUAUCUCAAGAUUUUAUGAGAGAUCAAAAGGAUGAGUGCAGUUUUGUCAGCUUGAGGGAUGUAGAGAGAGUUUUACAAAUGAUGAGUUGGUUCUAUAGACAAAGUAGGGAAGACCAGUUAUUGUUCAAGAGACUUCACAAUAUGAAUGAUGCAGAAGACUCAGAUGAAGAUUCGGAGGAUGAAGCAAUGGAUGUAGAAGCACCUUGUCAGCAAAUAGAUGAUGUGACCAGAUCACUGGUGCUUGCCCUUGGAGUCUGUUACCAUGCCUGUUUAAAGAACAGAAAAGAAUACAGGGAUACAGUUGCUAUGUAUUUCACACAACCAUUGGUGUUACCAGGAGGUGCUGAUCAGAUCGAUGACGAAAUUACAAAAUGUCAGUCUGUGUUCUUGGAUAGUGUUAGCUUAGCACCAAACAUAGCGAAGAACCAGGCUUUAAUGGAGAAUGUAUUUAUGAUGAUAGUGUGUAUAGAGUUGAGAAUUCCUAUGUUCUUGGUUGGUAAACCUGGAAGUUCUAAAUCUCUAGCUAAGACCAUAGUAGCUGAUGCCAUGCAAGGAAAUGCUGCUCAGAAUGAACUCUUCAAGAACUACAAACAGGUACAAAUGGUAUCUUUUCAAUGCAGUCAUCUGUCAGUACCAGAAGGUAUUGUGGGUACAUUCAGACAAUGUGCUAACUUCCAGAAAGGUAAACCAUUAGAUAGAUUUGUAUCUAUUGUUGUAUUGGAUGAGAUUGGUCUGGCUGAAGAUUCUCCCAGAAUGCCUUUGAAGACCUUACAUCCUCUCCUUGAAGACGGUUGCCCUGACGAUGAAGAACCAGCACCCUAUAAAAAGGUUGCUUUCAUUGGUAUAUCAAACUGGGCCCUGGAUCCAGCUAAAAUGAAUCGAGGAAUACUUGUACAGAGAGAAGUUCCUGAUAUCACGGAACUUAUUGAAAGUGCUAGAGGGAUAUGUACAACAAAGAAACAGAAAGUAUUGAAACACAUAGAACAAAUGAUACACCCAAUGGCAGACUCUUAUUUGGAAUUAUUUAAAGAAGCUUCUACAGAAAUGAGGGAAUUCUUUGGUCUUCGAGACUUUUACAGUUUACUGAAGAUGUUAUAUGGCUUUGUGUCAGAAUCAAAGAAGAAACCAACAUGGUUCCAACUAAAACAUUCUAUACUGAGAAAUUUUGGAGGACUAGAGAAUGUUCAACCAGUUGAUAUUUUCUAUAAAAAGUUGGCACAUCUAGUGGACAAAUAUGAUAAGCGAAGAGAAAAUGAUCCAGAUUGUACCCCAGCAGGAAUGAUCCAGGCCUGUCUGACAGGUAAAGACACAUCUAUCAGCGAGACCAGAUACCUGUUACUGCUGACCGAGAACUAUGGAGCCUUGACAAUAUUACAACAGAAAAUCUUUACCAUGGAGAAUGCUGUUGUUAUAUUUGGAAGUAGUUUCCCUAGUGACCAAGAAUAUACCCAGGUGUGUAGAAAUAUAAACCGUAUCAAAGUUUGUAUGGAGACUGGCAGCACUGUUAUUCUGUUGAACUUGGAGAAUUUGUAUGAAAGUCUUUACGAUGCACUAAACCAGUAUUAUGUAGAGUUUGGAGGAGAGAGAUAUGUAGACUUAGGUCUUGGAUCACAUCGUGUGAAAUGUAGAGUACACAGGAAGUUCAGACUGAUUGUAGUAGCCGAGAAACAGAUUGUAUAUGACAAGUUUCCAAUACCACUGAUCAAUCGUUUAGAGAAACAUUUCUUGUCGUUGAAGACCAUGCUGACACCUUUUCAUCUACAACUUACGGUCAAGUUACAGGAAUGGGCACAACAGUUCUGUGAAGUCAAAGUUCCUAUGCAUAUGAGAGAUUUUAGGCAAAAGAAAGAAAGCAGACAAAUUGGGGAUGCUUUUAUGGGUUACCAUGAUGACACAUGUGCUGCUAUUAUACUGUAUGCCUGUCUGGAAAGAAAGUGUAAUGACCAAGCUAUACCAGAAAUGGAAAACGAGAUUCUAAAAGAUGCUAAAGGUAUCCUAUUAUGGUGUGCUACCCCUGCAGCAGUGCUAGAACUUGAAGAUGACCAGAUAUUUAACACAUACUUCUUAGAACAGCACCAUGAAAGUCUGGCAGAUUAUCUACGUUAUAAAGUAGCAAACCAACAACUGAAAAACAUACAUGCUCAGAUUACAACCAAUUCUAAGUUGCUGUCCAUAGCAGAUCUAGAUAUAUUGUGUAGAUUUCUACCUAUUCUGAGGAAGAAUAUAGUUUUACUGAAUCUUCAAUCCUUUGACACAGAACAACAAUUCAGCAGACAAAUCAAGUCAUUCUUGGACCAGACUACUUCAGAUGAUAUGUUAUUGAUUAUACAAUGUGACAGUGGUGACCAGAAUGGAGACUUGAUAGCCUGUGCUAGGAACACUUUACAGGAUGAAUUACAACAGAUCCACGACAGAGUGGCUCAUAUCCAUGUUGUCCUCCUUAUACAACUCCCAGGUAUAGCUGGAGGAUGCUUUACUGGAUUUCAGUGUGGUUUAUGGCACUCUGUUCACAUUGAUGAUAUUCAUACUGCUCCUAAAGAUAUUCCAUCAGUUGCAGAAAUGUCUGGUAAAUCUGUCAGUGCCUUGUUAGAUGUAACCAAGGACAGACCUGAGGUUGAUAUGGAAAUAGAGAGUGAUCAUGAGGACAGAGACAUAGAAACAAUGGAAACAAAUGAAGAAAUAGAUUUAAUGGACAUACAUAUAGAAGAAAAAACAGCAACAAAGAAGCAAUUUAAAAUUGGUUAUUUGAUUAAGAAAUGUAUACAACCUGCCUUGGGAAAUGUAAAAGAUCCAAAGUCUGAUGAAACAAGAGCUGUAGACAGACUUAAGAUAAUACUUAACUGGAUGCAGGUUGAAGAAGGUCAAAUGACCGUGCUGUCAGGAAUAGCAAAACAUAUGACAGGUAUCCUUAAAGAAAAAGAACAGAAUACUGGUAUUGGGAGACAAAUCAGAAACUGGUUGACUAAAGAGGCUACUAAACCAGAAAACUUGAAUAGAGCUGGUACAUUCAGAAACUUUGCUGUUCAAUGUUUAGAGGCAAAGGUAAUUCCUGUGUUAGCUGGUAUCAUUGCUUUUAUGGAUACAAAUAGAAAUUUAGACAUUUUAGCAAACUCUAAUGCCCAAGAUUGGCAAGUUUACAUUUGGUUACAAACUUUGAAUGAUCCAAAACUGACCCAAUUGAAGUAUUCUUCAAUGGUAUCGCCCACACGUCAUCAAGAACUGCAGGAAAUAAUUGUGAAAACAACAUCUGUAGAUGGAAAGGUAUUCUCUGCUAAGAUGCCAUUCUCAUGGAUCAUUUUUGGACAGAUUGAAGAUGUUUUAAGAAAUUCUAUGGAAACAAAAGAAGCAUCAGAUAGUGAUUUUAAUGUGGUACUGAAAGCCUCAGAUAUUCUCCAGUCCUUACCAAUAGGUAGACUCCUGUCAGGUAUUGAGGGAACUUACAUCCACCAAGUUCUCAAAGCUUACAUACAGGAUUUUGUUCACAUGGUUCACCCUGUACAGUCUGAAGCAGAAUGCAAUCUGAUUUGUGAGAGUUUGAUAGUGGGCUGUAAAUACCUUCUAAGAGGAGAGUUUGGGAGAUUAUUACCCUCCAUAUUAGGCUGUCACAUGACUUUUAUACUACAUAAUACAAGGUUUAAAAACUUUUCACAUAUUGUUCAUGUGUGGCCAGGAUGUAGUCAGCAUAUGUUGGAGUUCCAGCAGAGCCAAUCCUCCUUCUACUUAGUAACUGAAGACGAACUUACUUUAGAUGUCCUUGCAUUACAAAUGUUAGUUGAUAACCUAGAACCCAACAGUGAUGCCUUAAACCAAAUAGAAACCAGGACAAAAUGGCUACGACAAGUCUAUGACUAUCGCCCAGUUGUAGAAAGAAUUAUAGGACAUUUUAUGCAGGAUACUCAGAAUAGAGAAUAUCAUUAUGGAGAUCGUUGUCAGAAAGGAAUAGAAAGUGUUAGAUACCAGUGGACCAGGGUGGUUGUAGUGAAGUUAUUUAUAGAACAUGUUUGUACCACAGAUAAAGAGGAGAUUAGUAUCAAAAGAUGUAUGCCAUUCUGGGCUACACUUAGAGAAGGGGCAGACAUGAAAUAUUUGAAAAGUCUUGAAAAAGUGGAAAAGUUUAUAAAACACUGCAACAAAGAUGUUGUGACACAAUGUUUUGGCAAACAAACAGACUGUGUUUCAUGUGAAAUCACAAUAGAUGGGGCACCAGUCAGACUGCCAUGUAAUCAUGUGAUGUGCAGAAAAUGUUUCCAUGGCAAUAUUCAUCUCAAGGAAUAUGAUUGUCCAGAAUGUCACAAGAAAUUCCCAGAAGACCUUGACCCCAACAAAACGGAUAAAGAAUUAGAAAUGAAGAAAUACAAUGACUACAGAAGACGUUGUAACAGUUUCUUUAUGGAGGUUGUAUCACAGCUGUGUUUUGCUGAUGGAACACCACCGUCUAAGGAGGUCAUAGAUAAACUCCUCUCAUAUAUCACUGGUCAAAGUAAAAUAGAGAAGACUGGGAGAGUUUUGUCUAAAGAACUGACCAUAUUUGACGAUACAAUAGACCCUACACCUGUGGUCAGAUCCUUUCUAUUACAACAGUUAAUGCAGACAAGUAGUGACCAUGAAAUACAGAACCACUUGUCUGCCUACUUUACCCUUGCCAAUGAUUUGGUUAAAACUUCUACAGAUCCUCAUAAUACAGUGGAGCUAUGUCUUCUUGUUCUUCAGUGUAUGGAGGAUUCACUACAUCAACAAUACAGGGGAGAAAAAGAAGUUACCAUAGCAACUCAUAUGUUGAGAGAGGCAGUUCCAUACAUUGUGUGUGAUGGUGAUGUCCUUGAAAAAAUAGAUCACAUUGCCAGGGUUCGGUUUUCUUUGACAGUAGUGGCAAGGCAUAUCCAUAGACUAUAUGGAACAUCAAAGAAAUCUAUUCCUGAUGAGAAAAUUAGGAGAAUGUUGGAGGCUGCUGCUAAACUUUGUGAUGAAUGUCAAUCUCCAUGGCCUAGGAGAUAUUUUGUAAAGCAGCUUUGUAGAUGUCAUGGUAUAGACAGUUACCACACAGUCAUAGCGAACAGUGAAGCAAGUCUUCUACAAUGGGUCUGUCUACCAGAACUACAGGCAAAUGAGAUAAAGGAAUGUCAUGACAGAUAUAUUGUGAUUGGAGACGAGUACAGACAGCUGAGAGAAAUCGUCGUUACUACAAUACUCAGUGAAAACAGUGAAAAACUAGACACAAUUUUGAAGAAUGUACAGAGCCCUCAAAAUGACUGGCAGUGCAGAGUAAUGUUGUAUUUAGCUUUACACAGGGAAAUAUGUAUGAACAAAGUGACAGAUAAAAUUCCACAAAAGUUUUCAGAAGAGGGUAUAGACUUCAUUAACCAAUACAUCAUGAGUGAGAAUUGUCAGCUUGUUACAGAUAAGAGUUUUGCACGAAGAUUACUGAAUAAUGAAGUUUGGAAACUAAAGGGAAACAUCACAAAAGGAAUGGAACUAGCUCAGCAGAAUGUGUUCUGUCUUCUUACACACUUUAAGAUUCUGAUGUCUGAAAUUCCAGGGAAGACAACUCUGUUGACUCCGUUACAGAAAAUAGCACUAGACCCUACUAGUAUGAUGAAUGCCUUCUUCCCCACAAUGCCCCAGGAUGAAUUACAGGAAAUAAAGGAGGCACUGCUAGCUGCACGGGACAAAACUCCUAAUGAAAAUCCUGUAUUUUAUAGAUGUCCAAAUGGCCACCCAUAUGUUAUAGGUGAUUGUGGAAGACCUUAUUAUCUUGGUUAUUGUAAAGAAUGUGGACUACAGAUUGGAGGUGAACGUCAUGUUCUAAGGCCAGAUAAUAUUGUGGAUUCUGGAGGUGACAGGACAGAGACAGGACAUAUUUUAGGUAGAGCCACAAAUCUUGGUCCUAUUACAGCACCAGAGAGGCAGUUAAACAGAGCAUCUUUUGCUAUACUCAGAUUACUGACUCAUAUCUCCAUGUACAUUGGAGCAAAUACAAAUAUACAGGUAGUUGGUCAGUCCAUCAAACCUAAUAUAGAGGAGGCUGAGGUUGGUAGAUAUAUACUGGAACACAUUGACCUUGAUAUGACCUCUAUACAGAAUAUCCUGGGUAAAAAUAAGGAUGAUAUAUUAUUGUUAGUUCAUCAUCUACUGGCAAGGAUAAUGGAAGAACACACAAUGGCAGUUAGAGGAGAAGAAUAUCCAGCAGAUAUGUGUGGAUUGUUAAACAAGAAGUCCAGAUCAAAAUGGGAAGAUGAAUUUGCUAAGAAAUAUAUAUCUCCAGUAUUGCAGAAUAUGGAUCAAGUCUUGAAACAAAGCAAUGAGAAAAUACAGAAAGAUCAGAGACUUGGUGCGGAUGCACUAUUACAAAUACUGUAUGAAACAGACAAAGUACCAGAGAAUCAAGAUAUCCUAAAACUACAAGAUAUUCCAGGAGUAUGGAGAUACAGAGAUCUUAUAUCCAUCAACCAUCUCAGACAAAAUCUGGAGAGAUCUCAGGAGAAACUACCUGUACUUAGACUUUUUUUGAAAGAGGAACAUCAUCUCAGAGCUAUAAGAUUUAUACCAAGUAUAAUGAGACUACAGAGAAUGUUAAUACAGAAGUAUGGUAGAAAGUUAGACAGAGCAGAAGCGACAACUCUUAAAAUACUGGAUGUUAAACAAGACAUGGAAAAAGAUAGAAAAAUUGAUGAAUUUGAACAAUUGUUGAAAGAUUUUACAGAGGCCUGGAGUUGUGUGAAAGAAUCACUUAAAACAACUGUGUGUUUGUUAGAGAACAAUGUAUUGUCUAUUGACAAAUCGUACUUCAGAGCAGGGCUAUCAGAUGACACACCAAUAUCAUACCUGAUACCAACAUAUUGUGAUGCUGGACUCUGUUCCUAUAUCUUGUUAUAUUUCUUGUUAAAGAAACAAAACAUGUUUAUAGAACAGUACUGCUAUCAAAGAAAACUUUCGGCAGAAAGUCUUCCAAAAGUUCAUGCGAAAGACAUAUCUUCAGCCCAUUUAAUCAGUUACCAUCCAGACAAAGACCUGUUACCCAUGGUGUUGGCUAACUGUAACUAUACGUUUGAAGUUGGACAGGGAACCAGAAUAGAAUAUAACUUCACCAACCUUGAGAGACAACUAAUGGAUAGAUUCCUCUUCUCAAAGUCAAUUAUAACUGGAAUAGCAGAGAUAGAAACAAUCACAUACAGAUCUGAAUCUACAAAUGCUGUUGUUUUUAAAACUUUAUGUGACAAGGUCCAACAAGAAAGAUUAAGUCCAGCUGUAAGAAGUCAGAUUUGUGCUGAGAUACGUAUGAAGCCUGCAGCAGACUUGUGGGAAAGCCUGGAUAAGUUAGACAUUGCAAUCAGUUUCCUAAAGUCUGUUGGUUCUGAUCCUGACAGUUCUCUCAGUGACUUCAUCACAAAUACUCUCAAGAUAGAUAAUCCACUUUUAAGUCCAAAGGCACAACAGUCCAGCAGGUGUAAGCAUACCAUGUCAUUAUGGAUGACAUUAGCAUUAGAAAGAGCUAAGGAAAUAGCUAAAAAUAAUAGAAAAGCCUUUGAAGGAAUCUCGGAAAACUUCAAGAAAAAUUUAUCAGAGGAACAAAGAAAAGUUCUUAUUGAUAUAAUUAGCAGUUUACCCAUAGAACAAAUAGAUACAUUAGUGGAAGUGAUAUUUGAAUGUAUUGUAUUCAAAGUAGAUGUUCCACUGGAUGACGAGGAAGAAGAAUUGUUCUCUAAAGUCAGUUUUCAUGAUACCUUGAUUGGGUAUAUGGAUACCUGUCCCUAUGAAGACGACACACAGUUGGAUGUAACACUGAAGGAAGUCAUUGAUCAAAUACCAUCAGAUGACAAAUUUAGUAUUGUUACAUGUCAGUCGGUGGAAUUCUGGCAUUUAGUCCAGAAAAUUCACAUGGAUAAACAGAAAAGGACACAUUAGAGAAUUUCCAUACACAAAAUAACACUUACUAAGAUGUGCCAUAUAUAUAGUUUUGUAUUUUCAAACCAAAGAUAUGCAUGAACCUUAAAGGAUUCUAUUUCUUAUUUUGCAAUUUAUAUCAAAGAUAUUUAAAUUAUAUGUCUUACAAAAAAGUGUAACUGUAUUUUAUAUGAUGGGAACAAUUUGUUUUGGUUAAGUUGUUAUGUCAAAAUAUUUUGUCUUUUUGACUUAUUAUUGUAAUUUUGUAAUUUUUAAAAGUUAUUUUCAGCAAUUCUGUGGCAAGAUGAAAAUAUUCAGCCACAUGUCAGUAGUUGUCAGUAGUUGACACUAAACCACAAUGCAACAUCAGAAAUUAUUGAGAUGUUUUUAUUAUUGCGAAAAAUGCGACAAGGUUAUAAUCGCAUUAAAUUGAAAUCGCAUUUUGAAAUUUUUUAAAUGAAUUAAACAGGAUUUUAUUCAAUAUCGCAAAUUUUAAAAUCUCAUUUUAGUCCAAAAUGACAAAAUCGCAAUAAUAAAUGCACACAAUAAUUUCUGAAUUUACAUUUAUUGAAAACAUAUCAUUAUAUUGUGUCUGACUCUAUUGUAAAACAAUGAGUUGAGAUCACAAUUGACUAAAACAUAUUGAAAAAAAAGAUGCUUUUUUAAGUGAUUUUUUUUAAUGAAUUUAUUAUUGUGCGUGUUGAUAUUUAUAUUUGUAUGUUCACAACAUGUCGUUCAGUACAAUAUUGUGUUCAAUAAUGAAAUGUGUUGAUUUUUAUGUGUAGUAUUGUAUGAGGGUAAGGGUAAUUCUGUGAUCAUGUAGGGUAUACAAUUUGAAAUCAUCUGUUGUAUUGGUAUUUAUCACAUAUUUCACCAAAACAUGUUUUUCUCAUAAAAUAUUCUGUUAAAUUUGUGACCUUAAUUUAUAACCUUUUAGUAGCUGUUGCUGAUUUUGAUAAUUAAAAAUUGAAAUUAAGUUUCAUUUUCUCUCUUGUAUUUGUUCACU